AUGGGUGAUUUCAACUCUAUUUUGCAUGUUGAGGACAAAAUAGUGGGCUCACAAGUUCAGGAGACAGAACUAAGAGAUUUUAAGCAAUGUUUACUAGACACUAGGUUACCAGAAUUGAAGACUGUGGGUAGGAACUAUACUUGGACAAAUGUCCACACUUAUAGUAGUAUAGAUAAAGCCUUGGUGAAUGCUAUGUGGUUGCAAUCCUGGACCCAUUUGGAGUGCAGCAUACUUGAUCCUAGAUUUUCAGAUCAUAGCCAUUUGUGUGUAACAAUAGAAGCAAGGGAGAAUAUUGGACCUAAGCCAUUCAGAUUCUUCAACUACUUGGCUGGCCACCCGGAGUUCAUGCAGACAAUGGAGAAUAAUUGGAAAUCACAAAGACAGGCUAGCUCUAUGAAUGAGGUUUGGAGGAAAAUAAAAACGUUGAAACAACCUAUGAGGGGUUUGAGUAAUCAUGAUUUUCAAGGGAUUCAAUACAGAGUAACUAUUAUUAGGACUCAAUUGAAGGUGCUACAGGAACAAAUGAGGUAUAUCCGAGAUGAUAACCAAGUGAAGCAAUAUCAAAUGGAAAAGAACCUCAAAACACAAUUGGAAAAGUGGAGAAAUAUAGAGGAGAGUGCAACCAAAUAG